AUGAAAAAAAAAUUCUUUCCUUCUUUCUUUUUCUAUUCUUUUUUUUUUCUUCUAUUUUCUUAUUCUUUUUUUCCUUCUUUUUUCCCUUCUAUUUUAUUUCUAUCUUUUUCUUACUUUUUCUCUCUCUCUAUUUUUGUCGUUUCUUUUUCCUUCUUUUUCUGCGUUCCAUUCUUUACUUACUUUUCAUCUAUUUUUCUUCGUACCUUCAUUUUCUUUAUUACUAUUUUUCCAAAUGCUUCUUUGUCAUUUUUUUCCUGGCAGUUUUUUUUCUUUUUCUAUUUUAUUAUUGUUUUUCUUCGUUCUUCCUUUCUUUUUCUUGUUAUACAUCUAUUUUUCUUUUGUGUUUUCUUUUUUUUCAUUUUCCUUAAAACCUUCGUCCUUUCUUUACUCAUUUCUUUUACACUCUCUAUCUUUUUUCAUUAUUUCUUUUUCCCUCUGUUUUCUUUUGUUAAUCCCUUUUCUGCGUAUUCUUUCUUCUUCCUUCCUCUAUUUUUCUGA